AUGUAUAUCUACAAUCAUAUAAUUAAAACAAGAAGAGGAACAACAGUAAAUCAACAUGAUAUUUAUAAACUUUGUCCAAUACUUGCUUAUAGGACAUAUCCUGAAAAUUUUCAUGAAUUGGAGUCGUUAUAUAUGUCAAUACAAUCAUAUUUAGAUAAUCAACAACAACCGAAUCAAAACGAAAAUUUCUUUAAACAUAUUUUUAGUACUAAUCCAUGGAAAACACUUCGUGAACAAUUGGGUUGGUUUAAUCAUCAUACCCGUGGUGACGAAUAUCAAAAGAGGAUGUUCUUAAGUAUAUCAGAAGGUGUUAUACCACAAGUCAAUAAUAGUAUUAACACAAUGCGAUCAACAAUAAAAUUAUCGUAUAAUGAUUCACAAUUAAUAGCAAAUUUAAUUCAUUAUGUUGAUUAUUCCAUUAAAAUGCAACAUCACCAAUACAACAAAAUUGGAAUUAUCUAA